GUUAAAAAUUAGAUGUGAUUAGUGACCAUUUAAAUUAUUUUUUAGAACAUUUUUAUCAUGUAUAACCUUUUAUUAUCCUGCAAAAAGGAUCCCACAGGUAUGAAUGGAUCAGACGAAGGAACUCCUGAUCAGGAAGAUGCAGCUGAGGAGCAGCUUUACAAAGCACAAAGGAUUCAUGUCGAUGCCCUGCUUGACAUGAGUGAGGAGGCCUUUUUAGAAGAUCUGGAGCCACAUGAGUAUCAUUGCUACUGUGGUUGGGAAGAGGCUGUGCGGGGCUGGGACAGAGUUGCUCCUGUCAGUGGCAUUCUUCUUCCUCAAAAGAGAGACAAGAAACCAAAGCCGCAUAAGGAGUCGACAGACAAGCCAGCCUCCUCACAUGCAGAUCCAAUGUUUUAUGGAGACACCUUUGCCAUCAGUGGAGAGCACUGUAGCGAGUCACAAUCAAGCCCCCAUAACUUGAAGAAAUCCACCCCAUCAAGCCAGAAGGCCAUACUAGAGUCAGAAUUCCCGGAAUGGCAUCCACUGGAUGGCGUGGAAGAAGACUUGUCACACCUGCUACAUGAAGAGAGAGGGCAUUCCAGUGGAAUUCCUUUACACCUGCAACAAUUACCCCCAAACAUUUCAAAGGGCAGGCCAUCCAAACCCACAAAACGCCAGACUAAAAGCAAAGUUGUUCCCAUUACAAACUUCACUUUUUUACCUCCAAUAAAAUGAUGUGACAGCCAAAGGUCAGCUCUAUAUGCCAUGAAUAACCCAUGAACAUCACAACUGUUGCAAGUUUUUAUAAGAAAUGUGGACUUCCAAAGCCAACCAAAGAUGUCAGGAACAUUGCUUUUUUUUUUUUUUUUUUAGCAGCUCAUGUACCAAUGUUCAGCUUCUUACUGUCCAAUACGCAUGCUACAAUAUAUGUGAAGGCUGAUUUGGAAUGCUAAUUAGCAGCGCCAGUUUCAUGUUCUGUUGAUAACUGCCCAUGCAUAUUACAACUAUUUGAAGACUGAUUUGGGAUUGUAGUUAACAGCUAGUUCCCCAGGGUCCUUUCUCAGUUUAGUUACUAAGCAACAUCAAA